CCACCGGCUAUUUUCGUCCUGGCCUGCUCGAGCGUAGGCGGGGAGAGGUGGUGAGAGGCGAGGGAGGCGAAGCUAGCGAACCUCGAUCGGAUGUGCUGUCAGACAAGGGCCGUCCAUCGAGCACUCACUGCUCGCCCGCGACGUGGGCUAUCGUGAGCAUCCCUACGUCUCUGCAAUAUCCCCGGGCUAUUGUUCGCUUGUUGCAGAACACGCGACGUGCUGCGCGGUCUUUGUCCCCAGAUGUGGAGCAGACUGUGACUUUUUGUCUCGAGCCCCCACGGCACUUUCUCUCCCCUCACGUCCUCACGACACACGACAAGGUCUCUGGCAGGCCGCCUCACGCUCUUUUCCCCGGACGCCCGUUCCACGACUGCCCCACGACCCCAGCUCUGGAGCAGCCACUUUCGCCUCGACGCGUCCCUCCCCUUCUCCUCUCGCACUCUGGACUAUGCUACGCGAGACUAUGGAGGCCAUGCCCGUGUCUCCCACCUUCCUCAGGAUUCGUGUUAUUGCUUUCAGUCUUAUUGCUUUCUUGAGCUUUCUGUGGGCCAUUUUCUAUACGCUGGACAUGUACUGGCUCUUCGAUGGGAUGAAGGCUCCCGAGCGGAUCCUCAUUUCCCUCAUGCUGUUGAACAGCUCUGCGACUUGCAUAAUGCUUCUCGUACUAAUUACUCGCGAGUUUCGCCCUUGGCUGGAUGCCGCUCGUAUUCUCCUUCUCUUCACCACCCACAUCUGCUCGGCUGUGGGAUACUCACUAUGGUACCCUACCUAUGUAUGUCCUGCUUCAAAAUCAGCAAAUAUGUGUCGCAUGUUCAACCUCUACAUCCUUGUCAUCAACUGGGUGGAUAUCGUCUUGCUCCUCAUCUACGCUGGGGGCUUGGCCACGCUCGUCUUCGUGCGCCGUCGGGCAAUGCAGCGAGAGGCGCAGCAAGGCAUACAAGAAAAGUUUGUCAUUGAUGCGCCCGACGCCACGGAAAUUGGGAGAGGUGACCUACUGCACACCACGUACAGUCCUCCCACUCUCACUCCUUCCUCUCGACACGCGCAUUCUCGAAGUAGCGCCAGCUCCUUCUUCCCCUACCCCCAGACCGCUACCCCACAGUCAAUGUCUCCCCCUCAUAGCCGACACAGCUCCUUCCAGAGUUUUCACCACCACUCGGCUGGGAGCUCGCGACACAGUUCGAUUCAGAGCUCUCGUCCUCACUCGACUGAGAGCUCGCGCCAAAACUCGACGCAGAGCUCGCGCCACAACUCGACGCAGAGCUCCCGCAGCCACUCCCGUUCUCGGACGAACUCUCGCACCCUCACCAUGUCCCCCAUCGUCGAAGAGCCUCGCCUGCCCGACCCAGCUGUCAGCAAACCGGACCUGAGCCCUCGCUCGUCCAGCAAAUCGGACCUGAGCCCCCGCUCGUCCGCUCGCCUCUCCCGGCCCCGCCACUUCAUGUAACGAAAGCAUCCCCUUCACGCUGUAUUAUAACGACCAGCACCUGCGGUGCCCAGUGCCGGACACUGAACAGACCUUGCUGUAGCAUACCUUAACGUAAUAUUCACGCAUUUGAAUGCAGAGCAUCAUGUAGUCGCGCUCCGG